AAGAGGGAGCCACUGAUGGGCUGGAUUAGCCCCCCUGCAAGUAAGGCCAAGAGAAAGAGGUGGCUGGCUCUGUGUUCACUUCUUAUAGCCUUUCAGAGCCCCGCUUGGACGCAGACCUGCAGAUCUUCUGAAAAUGAUUCACAAGUCCUGAGAGGUUUUCUAGCUGCACAAAAUGAAGUGCUCUCACUUCAUCCUCCUGAGGACUGGAAACAAGCUGAACUGCAUUUUAGAAGAUUCACUCUGGCUGUUGAGGAGUCUCUAAUGGAAGACUCUAGAGUCCCGGAUCUGGGAGGCCAGGUGGCCGAGCCAAGGUGGAGACCAUGCAGAUGAAGGGCAGCAGGCAGAUGCAAAACUGUUCAGGGCUGGCACUCACAGGACCUCGUGACAGCUGAACAUGAGAGGUGAAGGAGGGGAGGAGUAAACAGGACACUCGGGUUUACUACUGGUCCAACUUCCAGGUCUGGAAGGUACCACAUUCUGAUGACCCCACAGGGACCUUUUUAAAAAGACAAGUGAGUAAGCAAAGGCACACAUGCAAGCCAGCCCCAGCAGCCCAGCACAACCUCAGAAGGGCCUUCAUCCAGCCACCAGAUGGCAGCUGCAGACACCAGAUAAAGCCUUCCAUUGUCAACCGAGGCCCACAUUUCAGAAGCUGCUAAAAAAGUAAAUCAUCCAGUCCGGGGUUGCUCAUCUCCUCAUCAGAAUAUCAGAAGACUCCAUUGCCCUUCCUCACACAGAUUCUUCUAAUAACACACGAGAAAAAUUUUGUAAAUCUGAGACGAAGGAAAGACUGUCCUGAAAGCCUGCUCCGGCCCCGGACGUAGAAGCUGCUGAGAUGUUGAUGCCCAAGAAGAACCGAAUUGCCAUUUAUGAACUCCUUUUCAAGGAGGGAGUGAUGGUGGCCAAGAAGGAUGUCCACAUGCCCAAACAUCCUGAGCUGGCAGACAAGAAUGUGCCCAACCUUCAUGUCAUGAAGGCCAUGCAGUCUCUCAAAUCACGAGGCUACGUAAAGGAACAGUUUGCCUGGAGACAUUUCUACUGGUACCUUACCAACGAGGGCAUCCAGUAUCUCCAUUAUUACCUCCACCUGCCCCCCGAGAUUGUGCCUGCUACUCUGUGCCACAGCUGCCCUGAGACUGGCCAACCACGGCCCAAAGGUCUGGAGGGAGAGCGACCUGCAAGACUCACACGAGGGGAAGCUGACAGAGACACCUACAGACGAAGCGCUGUGCCCCCUGGUGCCGACAAGAAAGCUGAGGCCGGGGCUGCGUCAGCAACUGAGUUCCAGUUUAGAGGCAGAUUUGGUCGUGGACGUGGUCAGCCACCUCAGUAAAGUUGGAGAUGUUUUGUGUUGAAUAAAUUUGU